AUGGUGGCCGGUGAGUGGUGACGGGUGAGAAUUUCAACUAAAAAGGCAGCAAAAAAGUAAGAAAACAAGUCCACCACCCUCAUCUGCCUUCCUAACACUCUCCGACUAAGGGGCCCCCUUAGCCUUUCCGUACGUCCUGACCAGUUAACAUUUCCAAGUAAUAAAUUUGAAGCUGAGCUUCAUCGAUCGUAGCAAUUAAGCAUCCAUGGCCAAGAUCAAAAGGCUGUGCACCCUUCUGCUCAGGCUCAUGGCGCUUGGUGCCACCGUUUCGGCUGCAAUUGUCAUGGCAACAAGCCAUGAAACAACUACUGUCUUUGGAGUUUCUGUCGAGGCAAAGUACAGCAACUCCCCGUCCUUCAAGUACUUUGUGAUCGCAAACGCUAUUGUGAGUGUUUAUGGGCUUUUGGUUCUCUUUCUUCCUUCGGAGAGUAUGCUCUGGCGAUUAGUCGUUGCCCUGGAUGUGGUUUUCACCAUGUUGCUCACUUCAAGCAUGUCGGCGGCCUUGGCGAUAGCUCAAGUGGGCAAGAAAGGAAAUUCUUCUGCUGGUUGGCUGCCCAUCUGCGGCCAAGUUCACAACUACUGUGACCAAGUAAAAGGAGCUCUUGUUGCUGGCUUCAUCGGAGUCAUUAUAUACAUGCUUCUUCUACUCUAUUCCAUCCACACUGUCCUAGAUCCUCUUCUCCUGCAAAAGACUUAGAUAAGAUCCAUGGACUCUCAGUUUUUUUUUUAUUUUCACUGGUGUGGUAGAGAGCAAGCCUUGUGAGAAAUGUUAUGUUAAUUAGAUGAUUGUAGAACUGCAAGUAUGUCAAUUAUGGCUUUAUAAAUCUGUAAUUCGAACUAUAAAAAGAUAAAUAUGUAAUUUAAAGCUCUCUCCUACUUAUAUAGUAAGGAACCACGCUAGUAAAAAAUCAACGUUAGACUUA